CUGAGACAGAGAGGAGCUCGCGCUGUUCGCGAGCGCAGAAAUUAAACACAAAAACUAUCCGGAUAAAAUAAAUUAAAUAAAUAAUAAUAUAAAGAUCUACACCGGUAACGACCCGGAAGUGAUUAAUAGUCGGUGUGUAGAUUCGCUCAGGGAUUAAAUACAGCAGGAGAAUAAGAGCAGCUGCUGACAGUGUGUGUGUGUGUGUGUGUGUGUGUGUGUGUGUCGGGAGUGACGCGGGUCUGAGCCUCUGUCAUGGAGGCCGUCGCCAAAUACGACUUCAACGCCACCGCAGACGACGAGCUGAGCUUCAAACGCGGAGAGAUACUAAAGGUGUUAAAUGAAGAAUGUGAUCAGAACUGGUAUAAAGCCGAGCUUUACGGGAAGGAAGGUUUCAUCCCUAAGAACUACAUCGAGAUGAAGCCGCACCCGUGGUUUUAUGGGAAGAUGCAGAGGGCGAAGGCGGAGGAGAUGCUGAUCAAACAGAGACACGACGGAGCGUUCCUUAUCCGAGAGAGCGAGAGCGCGCCGGGGGAUUUCUCUCUCUCCGUCAAGUUUGGGAACGACGUGCAGCACUUUAAGGUCCUGAGGGACGGGGCGGGGAAGUACUUCCUGUGGGUGGUGAAGUUUAACUCCCUUAACUCCCUGGUGGAUUAUCACCGCUCCACAUCCGUCUCCCGAAAUCAGCCCAUCUUCCUGCGUGACAUCGAGCAGGUACCACAGCACGCGUCCUACGUGCAGGCUCUGUUUGAUUUCGACCCUCAGGAGGACGGCGAGCUCGGGUUCCGACGCGGAGACCUGGUGCAGGUCCUGGACAACUCGGACCCCAACUGGUGGAAGGGGGCGUGUCACGGCCAGACCGGAAUGUUCCCUCGGAAUUACGUCACUCCCGUCGCACAGCACAUGUAAACACACACGUGCAACAGCAACUAUAAUCGUUUAGAAAACAAAUCUCCCUCUCACACACACACAAACACACACACACACACACACACACACACACACACAGAGCCGGAGCAGCGGAAAUGGAGUGCAAAUAAAGCAAAUAAAGACUUCCUGCUUUAUCGCCAUGGAAACAGAAAGGCUUGGGAUCGGUGCCUCGGCAGCGUUUUGCUCUGUGAUUGGUGGACGGGGCUUGAAGCUGAUUGGCUGCUGCUUACUGCUGCACUACAGCCUGUACACUAAACAGAAAACACAGGAAAUAUUAGAACUGACACUAUGACUAAAUAGGACAGCAGAGUCUGCUCAGAACUCUGAAUCAUGUGUGUGUGUGUGUGUGUGUGUCCUGUAUAAUCACUAAUAUCAUGUUUAAUGAGCGUCACGUCAGCAUGCGUCAUUUUCUACAUCCUCCUCUCUGAUGAUGUCACUGCCAUCGAACAGGUGAGUUAGGCCACGCCCACUUAGUAUUAAUCAAUCACAUCACAUGACCUCCCGCGACUAAUGAUACGUUCCUCCGCUUCGGGAUCAGCAGAUGUGUGAUGCGUUUGUCUCUUUAUCAUACUGUCCUAAAAAAGAAGAAAAAAAAGGUGUGAUGAUCUCGGAUGAUGUCACGAGGCCAAUGAUGUCAUAAAGUUUACUGUACAGUUUAACGGCUGAUGAUGUUGAAGGUACCGUCUGACUCGAGGUUUAGUAGUUGUUUUGUAUUAAAGUAAAAAUAUUUAUAGCUGAAAUACAGAAAGGUUUUUUGCACUGUCGUGUAGUGGAACAGCAGUAUUACAACACUCUUUUAUUGACUCGAAGGAAAGAAAAAAUGUAAAAGAAAAAAAGACUUCACAAUAAAUAAUUAACUUCU